CCACCGUUGCACUUUUGCACCAUUCAUUCCUCGUGCUGACUGCUGAGUGUUGAGUCUUCGUGCAGACGUAACGCCGGUUUGACAUGAACCCGUUGAUGACAGUGUUCGCCCUCGUCGGAGUGGUCGUCGUCGGCUUCCUACUCGCCGAUUUGCUCUGGGAUAUCUUCAUAGCGAUCCGUGCUCAUCUCCUGCCAAGGUGCACAACUCCUGACCCGGAUUUCGUCUCGAAAUUCGGACCAUGGGCAGUUGUAACUGGCUGUACCGAUGGCAUAGGAAAGGCGUAUGCAAUGGAACUGGCAAAGCGACAUGUAAAUCUUGUGCUUAUCAGUCGCAAUCCUGAAAAAUUAGCAGCACUUUCAUCCAAUAUUGAAACUAGGUUUCAUGUGAAGACGAAAGUCAUACCUGUUGACUUCAGCAAAGGGCAAUCAGUGUUUUAUAACAUUGAAACAGAGCUAAAAGGAGUGCCAGUAGGAAUCCUAGUUAACAAUGUUGGCAAACAAUACACAUAUCCCAUGUAUUUGGGCGAGGUACCUGAACAAGAACUUUGGGACAUCAUAAACAUCAAUGUUGGGGCGACAACUAUGAUGACAAGGAUCUUAAUGCCCCAAAUGUUAGCAAGGAAUAGAGGAGCAAUCGUAAAUGUCUCAUCGAGUUCAGAACUUCAACCUCUGCCACUAAUGACUGUAUAUGCAGCAACUAAGGCAUUUGUGAGAAGUUUCUCAAAAGCGUUGCAAGUGGAGUACCAGAAAGAUGGUAUUAUCGUCCAACACCUUUCCCCAUUUUUCAUCAAUACUAAAAUGAAUGCAUUCAGCCACAGGCUUCAGACUAAUUCCCUUUUUGUACCGAAUGCCCAAAUAUAUGCUGAAAAUGCUAUUAAUACUUUAGGCCAAGUCAAUCAUUCGACUGGAUACUGGGCACAUGGAAUACAGUAUUUUUUUACAACAAUUCCACCAACCUGGAUCAGGACGUAUAUUGGAGCGUUUAUGAACCAAAUAUUUCGCAAGGACUACUUACAUAAAAACAAAUCCAAUGUCUAAUUUUUUUUAUAUUAAAACAAUAAUUAUAGAGAUAGACUGAUAGGUUUAAUAAGGGCAAAAAUAAAAUUGCAUUCAAUAUUUUGUUUACUAUGGGUAACAAAAUAUUUUCAUAAUCAUCAUAACUUAGUUUUUGCCCUUACAAAGGCGAUUGAAGUCGUGAUACAAAAUCUAUCCAUGUCUGAGGAUGAUAUUAAAUAAUAUAAAUAUCAAAUAAAAAUAAAAUAAUUUUGUUUUUUUAAAUAAGUUCAAAGUUUAAUGACAAUGUUUGAUUUUGAUGAAAAUGUUUGUUCAAUGAAAUGUUUAAUGAAAUAAGUUACAAUGUUUAUCGGUAAUACAGUUUAGUAUUAUUGCCAAAAUUAUUAUUUUUAAAUUACUCACAGUUAAAACGAUAGAAUUUAAAUAAUUACUUUCAAUGCAUUGAUUUUUAUUGAUAGGUACAAACUUUAAGGUACAAAGGCUGCAAUUUACAUCUUAUUAGUCUUUGAAAAAUGAUGUAUUUAUUUUUUUAUUCUACAUUUUUAACCAUGUCAAGAUUGUAGAAAUGAAGAAAGUUUGUGUAAAGUUAGCAAUUAUGAUAAUGAACUUCGAUGUACGUUAAAAAAAUUGGCCAAGCAGGAGAGCCUACUACUUGGUUAACUUAAUUUUAAUAAAUAAUAAUAGUGUUUAGACAUUUAUCAAAUAAAUGUUGUUUUUAUUUCUUUUUUA